GGGGUCAUGCCAGCUAAUAUGCGCCACUUGUUCAAGAUACCCUUUUAUCUCAACGGCAGCGCAUCACAACUUCAGCUUCAGCUUCUCAGAGACAGACAGACAUGUUUUCAGCCUUCAAUUCUGAAUGCAUCAACACGUGCGGGUGCGUUAAUGGUUAGUAUAUAAAAAAUACUAGGUAUAAGUAACAAAUUAGUCAUUAAAUAAGAUUAUAUAUUUGUAUAUUUGUAUAUGUGAAUAUUAUGGUACCUAUUACUUUGUAUUAAGAUACUAAAAAAGGUAAAUAAAUAAUAUUUAAUAAAUUUUACAUAAUUUAUAUUUUAUUUUAAAUAUUUUAUUUUUUAUUUUAAAAGAGAAGUUAGGCAAUUUAGACAUCAUAACAAAAGCACCAUAAAAUUUACUAUUUGUAUAUAUAUAAAUAUAUUAUUUGAUAGCUGACCUUAUUUUGUAUACAUGAUUGUUAUAAUAUUAAGAUUGCCUUUGGAGAAACAAUGUAUCUUCUUUACUCCUUUGUCCCCUUCAUUUUCGGCAUAAAAUUGAAGAAUGGCCAUACCAUACUCCAAACCCCAUAGGCCAUAGCGUCCACAAUAUAAUAUUUUCUGACAAAUACCACGACUACAAGUACCAAAAAUGAUUAAAAGAUCUUACUUUCUCAUCAGUGUUUCUGGUUGAUGUUUGUUGAAUUGGCAAUUUAGCAUGCUUGUCUGGCCAACCAGUUUUCAUACGCUGAGAUGUGGACAUAGUUAUCGGACGGUAGAGGACUGCCCCCUGUUUGGGCACACAAAAGGACACACUAUAAUUUUGUCUCUGUCUUCUUCUAUGUGGUGGUUGUAUCACAAAUAUCUGAUCUUGACUUUUCAUAAUUGCAUUCAUUUCUUUCAACCCAACAUUAUGAAUGAAUAUAUAUAUAUAUUCUUUGAUAUGUCCGUGACAUGUCAGACAGAUACCUCCUAACAACUCUAUUCCAUAGAGACCAGAGAAGCAACUCACCCUAUGAUGCUACAAGCAUAGGGUAUCGCUGGCAUGGCACCAGAGUUUAUGUAAUAUGAAUAAUUAGAAUUUAGAUGAGGCGAUAUAUUAUGUCGUGCCAUUAGAGAGAAUAAAAACGUUACCAUAUAGCAGUAUCUAAUGUAUCUGGUGAUUCUAAUACAUACGGGACCAAGAAUGUGGUAAUAUUCUUGGAUUUCAUGUCAAGGCAGAAAUGAAAAGAAAAGAAAAGUAGUAAACAAGAUGGAGAAGCUAAACAAACUACGCACUUAUUCCUUGGUUAUUAGAAAGAGAAAGCUUUGUUCCUUUCCGUGGUUGUAUGUUAUGUUAUUAUAUUAAGUGGCCAUAUUUACAUGUUCUUCAAGGUAAUGUCUCGGUAACCAAAAAUCAUAAUAUAGAAAUGAAUAUUGCUAGUGUCAAAUUCCCAAUCAGCGCCUCAUGUCGGGGAAUAAACUCAGAUAUCACAAAGAGGCUUGCUUUCAAAAGACCAUGCAAUUUGCAUGGCAUGAGUUUCAAAAGCAUUGCCCUACGCAAAUCUUGGGUUAACAGUAGAAUUUCUGCCAUUGGAUCAAAGGGAGAUUCCAACAAUUACAGGCAUAACUCCUCUCCGGCAGAAAAAGUUGAUGAAUUCUACAUAUGUAUCAACGAGAAAAAGCUAAAGCAACUGGGUGAAUGUGUAUCUAGAGAUGCUUGUUUUUAUGACUUUGCCUUCACCAAACCGUUCAAAGGAAAGAAGGAAGUGAUGCAAUUCUUAGAGCAGCUUAGUUGUAGCAUGGGCAAAAAUGUCAAAUUCAAAGUUAGACAAAUAUGCCAAGGACAACAUGAUGAUGAUGAUGAUGGUUUUACGGCUGCAGCUAAUUGGCACUUGGAAUGGAAAGAAGAACAGAUCCCAUUCACCAGAGGUUGCAGCUUCUUCAAGUUAUCAAGACAAGGAGAAAACAUCGUCAUUAGGAGAGCUGAAAUAGUAAUUGAAUCACCAAUCAAGCCAGGAGGCAUAGUUCUGACUCUGUUGAAGACUCUGACUUCAUUAUUUGAUGACUUCCCACAGUUAGCUGAAUGUGAGGUUCUUAAGGAGUCCUCAUGCAAUACUUAGAUGGAUAAUGAAAAUAUACAAUAUAUUUGUAGCACCUUUAGUGACUCCACUACUUGACGGUUACAUAAGGCUUUGGAGCAUCACGGUUCGAUUGUUUAGCUAUGCAUUCAACAUACUCAUUUUCAUUUCCAAGUAUUUCAUCAAGUAGAGACCACAACAUGUCUGUCUAAUCUAUUUAAGCACUAGUAGAGGGUACCUAAUUACCUAUCAUCCAUCAAUUGGAAUCAUCAUGGUUCCACCAUGAAUCUAGCAGAGUGAGAAGAACCAAUGGUCCUAUAACAGGAGGGAGUGGAGGAGGCCUGCUAAAGGUGGCAAUUGGAUCAACCAUGUCCUUGUUGGCAGCAAUCCCCAUUUCCCCACAAGAUUCAUUCUUUUCUUGUUUUUUAGGUGUUGAACUCCCAAAUGUACCUGCUUCAAUCAAAUACAGAAUUCUAUUUCACCAAAUUCGAUAAACAUAAUAGGGUUUCCAAAUGACAUUGUACCUACCCUGUGAUGCGUUCUUCAUCAGCGGGUACAUUUGGUUGAAUCUGUAUUUUGAAGGUACCAAAAGUGCAGUAAGUCCACGCAUGUAGUACUCUCUAACUAUC